CUUAGAGAUCAAGCAGAGAACAGGUACUUCUCCCUCAGCAGUGACAGCUACAGCUUACCAACAGCGAUCACCUUGAAGGUUUCAGACAUCUAUGUAUCUGUUCCUGCACUACCAGUUGCAAAAGUGUUGUUUUCCGGCAUCCCCUUUGCUCUGAGACACCGCGGGAGUUGGCUUCCCCUCUUCACCUGGGAAAAAGGACUCUAGAAACCUGAAAAACUGGAAACAUCAAGAGGCUAAAACUGAAGAAGGCUAACCACAAGAAAGUUUUUAUAAAGAAUCAUUACGUUUAAUUGUUUAAAGCAGAAAAAAAAAUGAGUCUCCUCAAAGAGCGUAAACCAAAGAAGCCUCAUUACAUCCCAAGACCACCAGGAAAGCCAUUUAAGUACAAGUGCUUUCAGUGCCCCUUUACUUGCAAUGAGAAAUCACAUCUUUUUAACCAUAUGAAGUAUGGCCUCUGCAAAAACUCAAUUACUUUAGUAUCAGAGCAGGAUCGUGUUAUCAAGUGUCCAAAGACAACUUCCUUGGAGGCCAAACAGAUCAAUCAGCUUGAAUCUGCAGUCAAACCAACUUCUUCUAAAUCUGUCACAAAUGGACUCUCAAAUCUUGAUUCAAAGCCUCAAUAUCCUUUUGCAAAAGAAGAUGCCAAGGAAAACGUUGAAUUACAAAACCAGGCAACAAACACAACAAUUCAAGGACAAAAACCUGCAAUUCAGAAGGAAUUAACCCCUGCCAAUACUACAACAGAAAGCGCUAUCAGCAUGCAGCCCCUUUUGGACAGCAUUGUAAGGCCCUCAGCUUUUGUUCCUGUAGGAGAACACCGAGAUAGUAAAGGCCCGGAAACUUCUGAAGUAUCUGAAAUUAUAUCGCUCUCUAACAAAAGUUCACCUUUCCACACUAAGUCUGCAUUUCAUGCACCAAGUCACCCAUGGAAAGCAGGUUCUCCUUUCCUCCCAGAGUUUCCACAUAAAGUUGCUCCCACAAAAGGCUUUGGUUCCAUUUCACCUUACAUGCAACCAAUGAUUCCUGAGUACUCACCCCAUUUUUAUGAGCACAGGCUGGCUAUCUAUACACCUUACUUGCUUCCAGGUAAUUCAGAAUGUGAAAGCUCUGCUCUGUCUGUCUAUGGCACACAAGAUCAAAGACAUUUUCUUCCCCACCCUGGGCCACUUCCAAAACCCAUAAAUCCAUCAGCGUAUGAGCACUAUCGAUUGUUCCAACAAUAUCAUUCCACUCCUCCGAUACCAUAUGGAUUUUGUAGGCCAACAGAUCCUCCAUUUUACAGAUUUUCACAUGUAGCUGGUAUUAACAGAGAUCAAAAUUCUCAUCUAAUGGAAGAAACUACCUUGCUGUAUCCAGCUUCGUUAAGCCCAUCCCAACAAUACCCUCUAAGUUCACAUAAAAAACAAGCAGAUUAUGAAAAAGAAAUUACAUUAUUGCAUGCCAAAAGUAAUUCCAAAGAUGACCAAAAUGAAAGAGAGAAUGCUAAAAUGAGCCCUCUUGCAGGAAGUGCAGCAACAGGCUCCCCUGGCAGACCUAGCCCAACCAACUUCACUCAGACAAGCCAUGCAUGUGAAGGCUUAUUUGACCUCUCUAACAAGUCAUCCUCCACAUCGUUUGGCAAGUAUGAUCAGCCAGAAGAAAACUUCACAGCUUUCAGACCUGUGAGAAAAAGCACUGAUCAACCAACUCUACUUCAAAGUGUGCAGACACAGCAAGAUAGAGGAGAUUCACCUACCAGCAUUAACGUCACUGAUGAAGAUUCACAUACACAGAACGAAUGCCGUAACAAUGAAGGCUCACUGUCCAACACGGAAGAAGACACAGGGAUAGUUCCCCUUAAUCUUUCAAAAAAGGCUGACACAAACACAGGACCUAUUAAUGAGCAUGCAUACAAAGCCACAUCCAAAACAGAAAGUCAGAACUUUCUAGAAUUGCAAGACAUGCCUUUGAACCUCUCCGUGAAAGAUUCCUGUAACACAGUAAGCCUGAAAACUUCAUUCCACAGUCCAUCUCACAAUAAUGGUGCUGCUACUUCUCCAAACACUGAAAACGAAACCUCCGGAGCAGAUGCAUGUAAUGCCAAGAACCCAAUUAACAGUGCCUGUGACAAAUCUUUCACAGCUCACCCUAAUGAAGCUCAAGACUUAAGAAUAAUUGACAGCUGUGAUGAACAGAAACAAACAGCAGCUGUAGCUCUCUGUCAGCUAGCUGCAUACAGCCCAAGCAAAGUUAGAAUGGACAACGAAGGGCAGAGUCCUCAGGACAGUAAUGCUUCAUGUACAGAAGCUACUCUUAAUUCUUCUGAUACUCAGGAUACGCAGUGCAAUCAAAAAGUAAAAGGACAAAAAAGGACAAAUCAAAAAGAAUCAGCAAAAUCACAGCAAGGCACUAAAAGAGUUAGGCCAAAUGACUGUAGCAGAGUCUUCACUUUAAGGAAGAGAACAAGAGUAUCUUAAUAUUUCACUUGCCAAUGAGUUUCUGGUCAUAGAAGCUAGUUACCAGCAACAUCAUAAAAUUUCUACAAACAGCCUCUUAUUGGGUUUGGUCCACGACAAGAGACAUUCAAUCUCUCUCAUGUAAAUAAUGUUUAUAAUUUUAUAUUAAUAUUUUUAAGUAACUGAACUUUCCCUUGUAUAAGCUCAGAUUUUGAUGAGUGAGUUUUUGCAUUCAUUACUAAAACCAAAGUACAUUAGAUGAAUCUUCAAGGGUUUUUGCAAUUGUAUUACUGUAAAAUGACUUCUACAACUUUUAAAAGAUGUUUAAGCUCUAGAAACAAUAUUGUUCAAUAACAUGCUGUCAUAGUCCUUUUCAGUCUUAUUUUCAUUUAAUAGGGGUUUUUGUCUUUUUUCUUUGAAAAACUUCUUAUUUCACUGUACAGUAGUUUAAGUAAGCUUAUGAUUAAAGCUGGCUAUUUAGAAUUUACCGUAAGAACUGCUCUGUGUAUUAAUGCAUUUUGCCAUAAUACAAACAACAGACCAGAUUUUGUUACUCAGAGGCGGUUGCCAGUUUAAACAAACUGAAACGUUGCAUGAGCAAGCUUUUCUUAUGUCAGCUAAGAACAAGAUUCAAGUUAACCAAAGAAAGCUUGCACCAAUUUAACAAAUGCAGGUUAUAUUCACAUUUAACUGAACUACUAUGAAAACAAUCCUGAAAAUAUGAAGUUCUAAACAAUUUAGUUGCCUAAUCCUCUGAGGCUAGACAGACUCUGGGCAACCUUCAAACUCCAAACCUAAAAGGUUAUUUAUAUAAUUUAUUUCACCUGAGGCAAACUCUCCUGGUGAAGGUCUUAUUUCAGUUUACAUGUAUCACUAAUUACCUGUUUCAGUGUGCUGCUACAUACACCCUAAAACUACUUCCUGCUUCUAUAUCUGUGUAUAUACACUUCCAAUUUUUCAAAUAAAUCUGACCUGUACUUAAAA